AUGCAUUGUGAGAGGUUUAUCUGUAUCCUGAGAAUAAUUGGAACUACCCUUUUUGGAGUCUCCCUCCUCCUGGGGAUCACAGCUGCUUAUAUUGUUGGCUACCAGUUUUUCCAAACAGAAAAUUAUUACUUCUCUUUUGGACUGUAUGGUGCUUUCUUAGCUUCACAUCUUAUCAUCCAAAGCCUAUUUGCCUUUCUAGAGCACAGGAAAAUGAGAAGAUCACUAGAAACUCCUAUUAAAUUGAACAAAUCUGUGGCUCUUUGCAUUGCUGCAUACCAAGAAGACCCUGAUUACUUAAGAAAAUGUUUACUUUCUGUGAAAAGGCUAACCUAUCCUGGGAUUAAGGUGGUCAUGGUCAUUGAUGGCAAUUCAGACGAUGACCUGUAUAUGCUGGAGAUCUUCAGAGACGUCAUGGGCAGGGACACUGCGGCCACUUACAUCUGGAAGAAUAACUUUCACACAAAGGGCCCUGGUGAGACGGAUGAGUCACAUAAAGAGAGCUCACAGUACAUAACCCAACUGGUUUUGUCCAACAAAAGUGUUUGCAUCAUGCAAAAAUGGGGUGGAAAAAGAGAAGUAAUGUACACAGCAUUCAAAGCACUGGGGAGGAGUGUGGAUUAUGUGCAGGUAUGUGAUUCAGAUACCAUGCUUGACCCAGCCUCAUCUGUGGAAAUGGUCAAGGUCUUGGAGGAAGACCCUAUGGUUGGAGGUGUUGGUGGAGAUGUGCAGAUUUUAAACAAAUAUGAUUCUUGGAUCUCAUUCCUUAGCAGCGUGAGAUACUGGAUGGCUUUUAACAUAGAGAGAGCUUGUCAGUCCUAUUUUGGCUGUGUGCAGUGCAUCAGUGGACCCCUAGGAAUGUACAGAAACUCUUUGCUUAAUGAAUUUGUAGAAGACUGGUACAAUCAAGAAUUCAUGGGCAACCAAUGUAGCUUUGGAGAUGACAGACAUCUGACUAACCGAGUACUAAGCCUGGGGUAUGCCACAAAAUAUACUGCCAGAUCUAAGUGCCUUACAGAAACCCCAAUAGAAUACCUGAGAUGGCUGAACCAGCAGACCCGAUGGAGCAAGUCAUACUUUCGGGAGUGGCUGUACAAUGCCAUGUGGUUCCAUAAACAUCAUUUGUGGAUGACCUAUGAAGCUGUUAUCACUGGAUUCUUUCCUUUCUUCCUCAUUGCCACAGUUAUCCAGCUCUUCUACAGAGGGAAAAUUUGGAACAUUCUCCUUUUUCUGUUGACUGUCCAGUUUGUGGGUCUCAUCAAGGCUUCUUUUGCCAGCUGCCUAAGAGGGAAUAUCGUCAUGGUUUUCAUGUCCUUAUAUUCAGUAUUGUACAUGUCAAGUUUACUCCCCGCAAAAAUUUUUGCCAUUGCCACAAUAAACAAGGCAGGGUGGGGCACAUCAGGAAGGAAAACUAUUGUUGUUAACUUCAUUGGACUCAUCCCAGUGUCCAUUUGGUUUACAAUCCUUCUGGGUGGUGUAAUUUUCACCAUUUACAGGGAGUCAAAAAAGGAAUUUAGUGAUUCUAAACAGACAGUUCUUAUCAUUGGUUCAUUAGUCUAUGCAUGCUAUUGGGUUAUGCUAUUGACUCUGUAUGUGGUUCUCAUCAGCAAGUGUGGCAGGCGGAAGAAGGAGCAACAAUAUGACAUGGUGCUUGAUGUAUGAGCUUACUUUUCCUAAAGUUUGCAAACACACACACAUACACACAACACUUUCGUCAUCGUCUAUAGGGACUGUAAUGAACUGGGGGCAUUGGGUAAUGUCACCAAGGGAAAUAAUUCACUGCUGCUGGAACUUGAACAUUCAAUUUCUAUGGGUUUAUUUUGAUUUUGCCAAAGUAAAAUGAUAAAUCACACAAGGAUAAACUCAGAUUUAACCUGUUAUUUCUACGAAAAUGAGAUGAAUUCUUUGUUUAUGCACUUUUUUCCUUAUUGUGCAUAUGCCUGACAGUGUUUUGCCUCAUAUACCUCACUAGUCAUGCUUAUGUGGGUUCUUAAGCAAGAAAAGCAUUGGAAAUCUCAAGGAAAAGUUCUUUCAACUUUUACAACCUAAUUUAUGGACUGUUUUGAUAGAUUUUUUUUAAAAAAGAUUUUUUUUUUAGAAAAGAUCUUCUGUCUUAGUCUGCCAAAUACAAUGCCAAAGGAUAAUCUGAAAGCCCAAUGGCUUGGCUGUAUUUUUCUACUAUUGUAUUGUGUGUCUUUGUUUUGUACGAUGACUUUUCCAACACAAUUUUUGCAUAUUCCUCAUUCUACUUUUCUGCCAAAACCCACCUGUACUCCUUUUAAAACAGAUUUCAAAAGAAUUCAUGCUUAAAAAACAAAAAAAAAAACCAAAAAACAAAAAACAAACCUGCCCAAAAUGUGAAGCUUUGUUGGCUGAUGCUGUUCAUGAUAGAAAGAAUAAAACGUUUCUCGCUGCCUUUUAAAA